AUGUCAACAGAUUGGAUAAGAAGGUUGCAUCUAAAGUUAUGGGGUUUAGAUAGAAGUGUAUCGGAUCAUUACCUCCUGUUACUAGUAAAGGAUGGAAGGGAUUGGGGCCCAAGGCCAUUUCGUUUCAUAAAUGCUUGGACUCUACAUCCAAAAUUUGGGGAAGUUAUGAAGAAAUCUUGGGAAGAUUAUGCUAUUACUGGUUGGGUAGGGUUUGUCAUAAUAAACAAAUUGAAGGCUCUACGUUCAGUGUUGAAAAAAUGGAAUGUAGAGGUUUUUGGAAAUGUUACUCAUUCAUUGAAAACAGCGGAUGAGGAGCUUCAUGCCAUUGAUCUAGUGGCUGAAUCUAGAAAUCUUGAGAGGAACGAGGCUGUUAGAAGAAGAGAGGUCAGAAAAGAAGUCUGGUCAUUACGAAGGAGAGAGGAAUGGUUAUGGAGGCAGAAGUCCAGGGUAAAUUGGAGUGUGAAAGGGGAUAAAAACACGAGAUUCUUUCAUGUUGUAGCUACAAGUAGGCAAAAUCGUAAUCUGUUGAACUCGAUUGAAGUUAAUGGACAACUUUAUGAGGAUCCACAGAUGUGGAAAUCUAAACCCAAACUCCAAGGUUUCUUCAAGUCCAUUGGUCAUGAUAAUGUUUCUAAUGGGCUAGUUGCACCUUUUUCAGAGGAGGAGAUUUGGAGAGCUGAUAUUUUGCAAUUCUUCAAGGACUUCUAUGAUAACGGGUGCUUAGCUAAAGGGAUCAAUAGUUCUUUCAUAAUAUUAAUACCUAAGAAGAAUAGCCCUAGUGGUAUUUCUGACUAUAGACCAAUUAGCAUUGUUAGAUCUCUAUGUAAAGUGUUGUCUAAGGUGUUAGCCUCUAGACUUAAGAAGGUUUUUCCUAAAAUAAUUGGUGAGUCGCAGUCCGCGUUUAUUGGUGGAAGAAACAUCCUAGAUGGGGUUUUAGUUUCCAAUGAAGUAGUGGAUUAA